AUUUCACUAGCUUCCUCCAUGACCCCCAACCUUUGACGAUGCCCAUUUUACAUUGUCCUCAUAACUCCACUGUCCAGAGAGGAAAGUAAAUUAAUGGAGGGGAACACAAGGAAUCCUAAUUCCUAUGAAGGCGGUGAAGAUGGAGAAGACAGGCAAUCCAUCAAUACAAGUCUGUUCUGUCCUUUAAUCCAUACACAGUAAAUUCAGAGCAAUUUGUUCAAGGUUUGUUGCGGAGUAGUUACUCCAUGAAUGGAAGCAAUGAGCAAAAUAUGUCGCCGGUGAUCAAUCAACCGGUAGCUGAAACAGAGCCGACGAGGGAGCAACAAUCAGAUGGUCAACGUCAUAUAUGGUCUGCGGAUUCUCAUUCAAGAAGAAAUACUCCUCAGAUUACAGCAGCAGAAGAACGUCGGGCCAGAAAAAGAAAGUAUGAUAAAGUAUACAGGGAGAAAUUCAAGGACAAGCAAAAGCGAAUGAAGUGUGAUCUGGAUCAGCUUAGAAGCAGUUUUGAUGAAUUGAAUCAGAAAUUCAUCAACCAACUUGAAAAUGAACAACAAAUGAAGUCCGAUUUGGAGAAACUUGAAGCUGAAAAUGCAUUAUUAAAGAGUGAAACAGAAUCCCAAUCAAAGGAAUUGGAUGAGCUUAGAAACGAUUUUGAGGAAUUGAACCAGAAAUUCAUCAAGCAACUUGAAAAUGAACAACAAUUGAAGUCCAAUUUGGAGAAACUUGAAGCUGAAAAUGCAUUAUUAAGGAGUGAAAAAGAAUCCCAAUCAAAGGAAUUGGAUGAGCUUAGAAACGAUUCUGAGGAAUUGAACCAGAAAUUCAUCAAGCAACUUAUUAAGAAUCAUUGGGCAGAUACAAGUUACCUCAACAAGCGUGAAAAGCUUGUUCACUACCAGCAACCAUAGGAAACUCUUAGUCUCCCAAAAGUUGUUGAUCUCUUCACUAGCUAACCUGAAGCAGGGUGAACAAUACACCAUGAGCUAUAAAGCCCAAUAAGCAUAGGUUAUAACUUAAGAGCCAUAACUGAGACUGUAAUUUAACUUAAUAAGUUCUGUCAAUUAAC